GUCUGCAUUGAACUAGGCCUAAAAUUCCUGCACAGCAGUACGCAAGGCUCAUGAUAACAGUGUGUCACCCGCGAUAUUCUUCAUGUAAUUCCGACCGGAAACAUUGGCCUGAUACAGUAUGGCUGCUGAGUCUGGAGGCAGCAUCUCCUUUCAGGAUCCCAGCGACAUCCAGGAAUGCUCUAGCAGAGUGGAUCAGCUGACCGACUCCACUAAGGUCGAAUCGUCAACAAACCUGGUCACACUGGCACCCUCGCAGGCCGAGAGUAGCAGCUUCGACUUGUCUACAAACCAGCAGACGUUGCCAACGAGCGAGGAGUUUGCCGAAGACGAGCGCUCGAACAAUGACAGUGCGUCGUGGCGGGACGGUGACACUGAUCUAACGACGGAGUGUGCUGGCUCCGAGUUCUCGUGUCCUCCAUUCUUGGAAGUGGACUUCUCGGACCUACAGUUUUAUGAACGAUGUGGAGGUGGUGCUUUCGGGAGUGUUUACCGUGCUAAGUGGAAGUCUCAAAACCUCCAAGUAGCAGUGAAGAAGCUUUUAGUCCUGGAAAAAGAGGCGCAAGUUCUAAGUGUGCUGAGCCACAAGAACAUCAUCACGUUUUAUGGGGCAGCCACUAAGGCACCAAAUUUCUGUAUUAUCACAGAGUAUGCUGAACACGGCUCCCUGUAUGCUUUUCUGGCCAUGCAAGAAAACGACUCCAUGCUGAGCUUUGGUCAGAUUCUCCUCUGGGGCAUUCAGAUUGCCGCUGGCAUGCACUACCUGCACGAAGAAGCACCCAUUAAAGUCAUUCAUAGAGACCUGAAAUCUAAGAAUGUCGUUAUAUGCUCAGACUACACAUGCAAGAUAUGUGAUUUCGGUGCUUCUCGUUUCCUGGGUGCUACGACGAGAAUGUCACUGGCAGGCACGCUACCCUGGAUGGCACCUGAGGUGAUUCAGUGUUUGCCAUCUUCAGAGACGUGCGAUGUCUGGUCUUUUGGUGUGGUUCUUUGGGAGCUGCUAACCCACGAGGUUCCCUUCAAGGGCAUAGAAGGAUUUCAGGUGGCUUGGGCUGUUGUCGAGAAGGAAGAGAGACUCACCAUUCCAAGCACCUGCCCCGCUGCAUUUGCAAACUUAAUGACUGCUUGUUGGAAAACGGAUCCUAAGGAACGGCCCCCCUUUUCUACCAUACUGCAACAUUUAAAUGCUAUGAGUGAAGAUGACUCUUUGUGUAACCUUGCAUCUGCAUAUUUGAGUCAGCGGAGUGUUUGGAAGCAGGAAAUCGAAUCCACUUUGGAGUUGAUGAAGCGAGCUGAGCGCGACCUCAGUCAAAAGCAAAAGCAGCUAGAAGAAUGGGAAAGCCGUUUGCAGCAGAAGGAGCAACUUCUUGAACGACGCAGGGGUUGCAUGGAGCUUUAUGUCCACGAUGUGAAUACUUGGACUGUGGACCACGUGUUUCUCUGGGUUCAACAGUUGGGAUGUGAUGACGCCACCAAGGACUUGGAGCAGUAUGCAGAGAUGUUCCGCUUUCAGCAGAUUUCAGGCAAACGACUGCUCCUUCUCACAGUGGAACACUUGAAGGACAUGGGCAUUGCACCUUUGGGACACAGACUGGCACUGAUGGACGAGAUUGAGAAGCUGGCCAUGGAAAACAGGCGCAAGUUUGAGAUGUCGCAGCGGGAGUCUCUGAGCCAUGGUCAUACCUCCUCCACCUUCGGUUCCUCCGCACUGGGAACGGCGAGCUUUGCGUCGAUGACGACGUCCUUCGGUUCCCUGGGCUCCAGAGUGCCAUCGGGACCGACGUCGGUCUCGGAGCCCAUGCUUCUGCGACUCACGCUUCUGUUUGGCAGCCACGUUCGGCUGGGCGCAAGUCCGCGCGAGCACAAGUGGAAGGCCUUCGUGGAGUUGGACACGGGCGAGACACACUUGGCCGGUGACGUGGCCGCCCGCUGCAUCAGCAACGUCACCUUCGAGUGUGCCCAGUCGGGCCUCUUCCUCACGCGCAUAGCCCAGCCGCCAUUUGUGAUGGACCGAUGGUGCAUUGGGAUUACUCCGGAAACAGUUGUGACGUGCGUCGUAAAUUACGAGCUCUGUGUUCUUGAGCCCCGGUCAACUGUGCUCACCCAUCGGGUGCGCCCAGAAGGGGGUGCGCCCGAGCAGAUCGAGGUGGUCCUGAGGCUGACUGCACUGUGCCCCCGUCGUGAGGACAGCUCACGGUCUUCCUCCAGGCGAGAGGCCCACUCAGCUCCGUCAAGAGCUCGGCGCCUCUCGGAGGACCUGCUGCCUGAGGCUUGGCGGCAGCGCGGCAGCCUCUUUGGCAGUUUUUCACCGACCCGGCGGCCCACACAUCGGCGAUCACGCUCUGGAGGUGACAGUUGCUGGGGUGCAUCCUUGCUGUCGGCGGCUGCACGCAGUGGCUCUCCUCUGUCGUCGUUUGCACCUCGGCGGCUGCUAUCGUCACCUGCCGGCGGAGACCUGUCGAGUGAAGAGGAGGAGGAAUGCCUGGCCCACCUUGCCUCGGAGCUCGGAGGCAGCGGCACCGCUUCUACUGGGAGGAGCCGCCUCAAGGAGCACCGGCGCCACCGGCUGGCAUUCUCUCUCCACUCCAGCUCGGAGGACUCCCUCAGCGAUCAGGGUGUCGCCAGUCUCCGGUCGCACUCUCUCGCAGGAAAUGCCACUGCUGGACUUGCAGAGAGCGGUUCACGACACGACGACGAGCGGCACCGGCGAAACAGCACGCCAACUCGCCGCCGGGACCCAAAGAAGUACCGGCACUCGAUGAGUGACAGCGGCUUCGCAUCUUCUGACGCGUCCAGGCAAGUGCUGCGCGUCGAAAAGUGUCAUGUCAAGCUCAAGAGUGGUGGUGACCUGCCAGCCGACCGCACCGAACUCGACAUUGGCUUGGGCCCCAGCUUGAGCUCUGGCUUGAGCUCAGGCUUGAACAGACUCAGUUUCAGCCUGGAGACCGACGGCUUCCGGCUUGGAGGCCGAGAGCGGAGGCUUGGCGGACUGCUUGACCGUGUGGCCGGCAACAUUGGCUGGCGUCGCAUGGGCUACGAUGGUUCUAUGUGAACUAUAGUUUGUUGUAGUGUUUCAGAUUUUGCCUUGUCUUUUGGCAGGUGGAAAAGGGGGGAAAAAAGAAACAAAAAAAGUACCUCUGCUAAGUAUUUUCGCCGAUGAACGCUAGUCUUUCACUUGCUGAGCUAUAUUUGUAAUGUUGUUAGUGUCUUGUAAUGCGGCACUCAACUUUGCAAUAUUUUUUUUUCGGCCUUUUGCCAGCAAUAGGGCACCCAUUGUUUGGGAAUGCAUUGCAGCUUGCUAUUGCAACUGUGCUAUUGUUGUCGCUAAGCUUCAAACCCUGGUUCGUUAUGUACAAACGUUUCUUUGCUUCCUAGCACUGACUUCAGACCUCAGGUUCUUAUCUUCAUGUCACGUGGGCAACAUCAGUGGCCAUUGAAUGUAGAGCUUAGCAAAGUCCGCGUGUACAUUUAAUGUUACGUGGUCUUGGUGACAUUACUUAACUGCUUUUGCGGUGUUACUAUGCCAGAGAAUUGGUGCUUAACUAGUGAAGUGCUUUAAAUAAUGAAAGUUAGCUUCAGCUUUUCGCUUGUGACCACCCCCGAAAACCGCUGUGCCCUUAAAUAGUAGAUACGAGAUACUGCCUGUCCUUUGCAGGCAUGACCGUGCCUUCUAAUUGAAGUGUGCAGGUGAAUUUACUUUACAGAGAAAGGAAAAGGAUAGCAUUGUUAAUUUUUAUUUCAACUAUCGAUGCCCUAUGUAUAUGCGUGUAUGCUUGGCACUUACCUUGGCUCUCAGUUGCUUUUUUAAUUCAGGCCAUUUCCUACAAGGUACUAUAUGUAGUAAAAAACUGAACAAAACUGGCAUCAAAAUGUAUCAAAAAAACACUCGGCAUGACAUAAGCAAGCUGUUGAAGAGCUACUAAUGGCAAUGGAGAAGCCUGCUGUUCAGAGUUUCUUCUAGAGGGGUAACUGAUGCAUUAUAUUCAUUACAGUGCUGUGUUUGUAACUACAAUGCACAAAUAGAGCAAUUUUAACCUAACGUGAAGAAUAAGCUGUGAUUGAACUCUUGUCAUAUGUUGCAGAAACAUAAAGUUGCAGUCAUGUAGCAGUUUUUGUUUCUCAAAUGUUAUAUAGUUUUGAUAAGUAUUUUAGUUUAUAGUUGUUAUUUCCUGAAGUGUCUCAGAAAACUGAAGAAGAAAAGGGAAGUGCAAAUCCUGUGAACGUACACAGUCAUGGUAUUAUUUUUAAUUGCAAGAAAACCUGUUCAAGGUAAUUAGCAUAGAUGUUACACUAAUUCCUAGUCAAGGUGGUAGAUUGACUUCAUCCGGGGGAACACAUUUUGCAUCACUGUUCUCCUAAUGCCUAAUAAUGAACAUGUUAUGGAGUGUCAUUUCUAGUGUUCAGCAUGGACAGAGAAGUACCUGUGAUCACUGCAGAUUUUUACAGUGGUCCUUAGUAUGGUAAAGAGAAAAAAGAAAAAUGGGUUGUGAAAUGCAAACCACUUGCAAUAUUUUGAGAUCCCAAUAUUUUGAGAUUUUGAGAUCAGUGUUUAUGCUUUACAGAGGAGCCAUCUGCGCAGUAGGACUUCCUUUAAAACAUGCUCUGUUCUCUGAUAAGCUAAACAGCUCUUGCAACAGUUGAACAGUUCACGCACCUUUAUUUAGUUCUCUGACAUGAUACUAAGGAGUAGGAAGGUGGCAGUAUAAACUAGAGAACAGCCAAGUGUAGGUGAUAAUAUAGAUAAGAUAAAGAUAAAGAAAUAGAAUUGGAGGAAGUCGUGUAGUGCAAUAACUGGUGUUUUAUAGAGUAAUGGAAUGGCGUGCCAUGGGGAGGGAGAUACAGUCAGGCACAGCAGAAGAUUAGGUGGAGUGAGUUGCAAUGUUAAGAAAGUUGCAGUAUAUCAUGGAUACAGUUGACGCAGUACAGUCAAACCUGGACAUAUGGAAUUAUUAGCUAUAUCAAACACCUGUUCACAUCCGCAUUCAGUACAACAAGCACUGCACUCAUGCAAGUGUGAAUGCAAGGGAAUGUGAUCACCUGCGUCAUAGGAAAUCUUCAUAGCGACAAAAUGGCGCUGCUUUGGCGGAUGCAUUGAAUAUGAAGGGCAGUGCGAGCCGCGGAGGAAAAUGAGCGAGGUGCUUGUCUAAAAAUAUAUCAGUAGCUCCCGCAGUGGGGUUUCUAUUUACGCUCCAUAAUGACAAAUUUGCUCGUGUAAGCUUCACCACAGCGUAGCAGUGUAAUGCAGUGAAGGGUACUAAUGGUGCAGAGAACUUCUGUGCUGUGAAACACACUACCUGUGGCCGUUCAUUAUCGGAAAAAGAACUGCCACACUUCUUCAAGAACACAUAGAACCUCCCGGUCAUGUGUAUGCAUUCUAGAGGAAGGUGUGGCUGAAGAACGAAUAAUAAGUAAAUUUUUCCAACUUUGACAUGGCCUUCGGGGAAAAAAUCAGCAAUUUUUGCACAUUUCACACUGUAAAAACUGACCAAAAUGUGCACAGUUUUUAGAUCAGCUUCAGAUAGGCAUAUUUUGCAUUUCUGUUUAUCGAUACAUUGAACUCUUUCACGAUCCCCUUCGAGUUCAAUAUGUCCGGGUUCGGCUGUAUACAAUGAACUAGAACAUCGACGUAAGCUGGCUGGUACAUAUUGGCAUUGAAACAGCAAGAAAGUCCGGGACAUGCAAGCACACAAAUGACAGAAACCCUGUCUUGUCUUGUUUUGUCUUUUUGCAAGUGUUUUGUAUGGGACUUAAAUCCAAGAAAAGGAGGAUCACACUGACAGUGAUUUAGUUCUUGCUGACUCACUGCAGUUAUGUGAAGUUCAACUCCCAAUAGUGUGGACAAAAUUCUCAUCUUUUCGUUGAAGGAAGCCUACCCAGUUAUCCUCGUGUUGUUCUGUGUGUGCCCUUUUUGCUCCAAAUACGCCUUCAAACGCACACAAUCUAGGCCAAGAACAAGUUCUCAAGUACCGCUAUGGUAGUUGAGAAGUUUUAACUAAUGAAUUGUUUUUGUUGAAUACCACUAUGUACUAUGUGAGUGAGGCAUUAUAUAUAGCACAUUAUGUCUUGUUUCACUGUGCCAUCAAGAAAGGUUGGCACUUUUUUUUAUGCCAGUGAUUUUUCCUGUUGGGUUCCAAUCAAAAACUUGCUUGCAACAAGAGGCAGCCCAAGUUUUGGAAUGAAGUCGCAAUAGUAUCAUGGAUGUGCACUUUGCAUGGAGAUCCGUGAAAGAACAACUUUUUUGUUUAGUUCAUCUGAACAGUUUAUUACUGCCACAAAAAGAAGGGGGUUAAAAAGAGGUGCAGUAUCCAUUUGAUUCUCAGUCACAUUUAGGAAAGUGUAAAAGCUGAGCACUCUUUUUUUUUUUAACAGUGACCUUCAGAACUGGCCACCUCUAACAGGUUUUCGCCCAAAACGUUGUUUUGUUGUUAUGCUAACGCACUGACCUUGUUACAGGAGCUCAUCAGUGGUAGUGUCGCAUGAGGCCUUGUCAAGUAUACAUACUCGGUGUUCAGAAGCAUAUUAUUUUUGCGGCAUGAAGUGUCAGUUCCUGUGAAAAUAACUUCAAUAAGAAUUGCUCAACUAGUUGAACAAGUGCUGGCUUUGUUACUCUCUCGGCCACAACUAAAAACUCUAAAGCAGGGGCCUCAUGCAUGUAGCCUAGCAUCUUCUCAUGAGCAGUCAGCUGAGCCUUCCAAACUUUGCCAACCUUCUCGCCUCCCUUUCUGUACAAUCCUCAGGCAGCUCUCUUUCCUGCCUUCUCACAUACCCCCUAUGUGACAGUGCACUUUCUAAGGAUUUGGGCACUGUUCAUACAGCCCUGAAACCCAACUCGACUUUAAAACCCUUGCCGUAAUAGCAAACUGGUGUUUUCCGAACGCGAUAUAUUAUCCAUGCAAUUUAUGUCCACUCAUAGGCAUGAUCCGCAUAGUUAAAAAAAAUAUUUAACUCCUUAAAAGAUUUAACUUUGCAAUUUGUCUGUUUGUCAAAGAUAAACAGGCGAGGAACUCAAUGUAUAUUGAACUUAGGUCUAGCAAAACACUUUGAGACAUAACCCUUACCACUUAAUUUGUUUCUCUCGUUUAAUCAGCAAACUUGUACAGCACUUCCUUUAAAAUGAAGCUUCUCGUUUCGGAUACUACUAUUCUCGUGGUAUUAGAUGUCACCCGCUGGGGUGGAUUAGCAGUUGUUGUAUUGCACUGCUAAACUCAAGGACGCAAGUUUAUACCUGACCAUGGUGGCUGCAUUUCAACGCGGUGGCGUUAAAGAGCUCGUUUCGCAGAAAUUCUGGCGUUGGUCUCGGCGGCGGCGUCUGUGGUUGUGAGCAAAAAAUAAGCAUUGUCGAGAAUUUGAGGUAGAUGCAAAUGAAGAAAUAAUAAAAAAUCUUUGGUUCGAAUGGGACUGGGGAUUCAAACCUAUGAGCCCUCGCUCCGUGGCACGAUGAGUUUAGCCGCUUGGCCACCACGCAUACAUCCUCUUGCUUAUUUACUAGUGGCGAGCUAUUUAUAUACACCAUUCAGCAUUGGUGGUACGCACUUCUCGGAGGUUCUACUGUGGCUUGACAGAAAUUCCGCGAGAUGGCGCAAAGAGCCCAAGGACGCGCUUUCCGUGUUCCGUCGCACCGCAUGCAUGGAUAUAGGAGCCGGUGCACGUCCGCACUUUGGCUUUCCUUGUGGUUUGGUUUAGGUGUCGACCAAGAAACGAAGCCAGGCUAACAAAUGGGAAGGUGAUAUGAACGCAGUCUGAUUACGCUGUCGCUUUCUACUAUUGAAAGCAAAGCGCAAGCGUCCUCCAAGUUUUUUUUUUUGAUGGUAGUGAAAUGCGAAAAUUCCCAUGUAUUUAGACUAUGUGCAUGUUGAAGGACACCAGGUUGUCCAAAAUAUUUCCCCACUAUGGCAUGCCUCAUAAUCAUAUCAUCCCGUUGGCAUGCAAUACCUAAGAAUUAAUUUUUUUAAAUUUAGACACAUUGUCCGGGCCUAACUGAUAUGCAUACAUUCGUAUCAACCAUCUUCAGUUCAUGUUGCAUUGUGUAGUUUGGCUGUUACACUUCGAUCUGAAUUGGUGCCACCUUUAGUGACGAGACCCAUAGCGGCAUCGCUGCACACUUCAGUAAAUGGGCUUAACGGUGGUCCUAUUUUAACGUGAUAGCAUUAAGGAGCCUGUGUCGCAAACAGCGACGUCGGUGGUCUUGGCCAUGAGUGAAAAAUGCUUAUGAAUGCAAAGAAUGAAAAUGGGUUAAAGAGUGCUCAGAUUGACACCAGAUUUCACAGCGCAGCAGAUGCAAACAAAGUAAAGUAGUUUAAAAGAAAAUUAGGCAAAUUUUGUUCGGGAUGGGAAUUAAGCACGCUUCCCAAAUGCCACUAUAGCUCGGUGGUUUAAGCUGAAUAAAGGAGUAUCUGGUGGGUGAGCGUGUGCUCCAGUGCCUUCUGCCCCAGCGCUGCUGUCAUUGCUACUCCUAGCGGCCUCCCCGAGCAGUGGAAACUUUGCGCUCUUAUGCAUAACAGCGAUACGGGGCCCAAUAACGCUAUCGUAUUCCACUCUCGGGCGUCCACCAAUUUUUCAAAUCAUUCUGUCCUCUUUUGGUCUUUGAGUAGAGUAGAUGCACUUGCAGUAAGAAGAAAUGAAAAAAAAGGGGGUACAGCUAAUAGUAAUUUCGAAAGAAGUCCCGUAAAAGGCUUUAAAUAACUUGUUCGCCUAUGAGACUGAGGUGUACAAGAGGUUGGGGACUUCAUUUGUACUAUCAGGAAUGGUUGAACAAGGAACGGCGCAUGAGGCAACGGUUUAGCAAGGGGAUUUCGGUAGUAUGCUAUUUACUGGAGUGAUGAAUUCGUUCAGACAAGUGUAAGAGAUUUCUAUUCAUGCUGUUCAAUCUUAGCUGCAAACUUUAGCUGUGAAAUAGUGGAACAUUCACUUUGGUAUUUUAAUCAUGGUGAUGCUGUAUUUUCACAAAUAUAGUACAGGGAAUUACUUUCAAUGACCAAAAAGAUGAGAAAAUAGUAAUAGUAUCAUCGCAAUGCAAAGCAUAGCCAUGGGCUUACAGUAGAACAUUUCGGUGCACUGUAACGUGUGUCUGGCUGUGGCACUGCAUGCUGGCAUGUCUCAGCAUUCGCAGAUACCAAGGCCAUGCAGGAAUGUUUUCAAACGGUGUGUCCUGGCCUCUUGACCGCUAUGCGCGGUCACCCUUCUGUGCUUUUUGCUCUUCUAUGAAAUUGCUGUCCUUUCAACUUAUCAGCAUAUCUACUUUGCCCACAAUAUUGAGAGGUUGGCUUUUCCAAAAAAGUGUCAGUAGGUGGUACAGCUUGCCGCAUUUCAAGUGCAAAGCAUUCUGGGUUUCUAUUUUGGCGAGAGGUGUGUUACAUUAGAGUAUUGCUUCCGUAUAUACUAAGCAUGGUGCUGCCUCAAAUCGGUAAUCUUAUGGACUUCAAUAUUAUAGCUUCAUUCGUGCGAAUAAUCUAAUCCACUUCUCUCUUCUUGUCACAGUGCAUAAUAGUACUAAGUGCGCUUACUUUGUAAAUCAAGUCGUGCUGCUAGCCUAUGGGACAGCUUAUGUCCAAGGAACGACUCUUUCAACACAAUGCCUUUAAGAUUUGUGAAGUGUUGUCAGAAAAAAAAUAGUGGUCGACCAUUAACGAUAUACCGCAAAGCAAGACUUGUGUUAUGCCCGAUAACAUGCAGUUUCACAUCCUCGCUGAUUGUGGCAUUUCUGUUGAUGUGAACAUACUGGUUUUGCAUUGAGCACUAAUUAAUGCCUUUGCUGCUGAAAGCUAUGCUUUACGUGUAUGCCUUUCAAGUUGUUUUGUGCUUAUCACAGGGGAAAAUUUGGGAAAGCUACAUGGUUAGUCGUGCUGUAAAUAUUUCCAGCACUAACAGGUAGGGAUUCAGAAAGAAAAUUCAGGACUAUACACGAUGCACGUUUUGCGUGGUCUGCUCCUUUUCUCAUGUUCUUGUCCAUUAGUGCUGGAAACUAUUUCAAUUGUGGCCACUGAUGGUUUGUACUUUUUGCUGUUUCAGGGGCCCUGAAAUGCCUCCUUUUGUUUCUUUGUUUCAUUUGUUACUAACGCCGCACAUUCACACAUGUAACCUACUUUUUUUAAUAUGCUGCAUCAGCAUGUGGAAGCACACAAAGCGGAAGAAAAAAACCUGUUUGUGCAUUAGAACCCACGAAAAUAUUCUUUGCUCACUGGUUUUAAUAGUUGCAAAGCUUGGUCUCUGGGAUACUGAAAAUGCAUUUGUGUGAAAAAAAUUGCAGAUUUAGUUGUAGGCAUUUCAGGGCUCCUUUAAAAUUCACCGCUUGCCUUCUCUUUGCUGCGUGGUGAUGCUACCCGUCCAAAUUGUCAUGGAAACCAUGUUGAAAACUGCAGCUCUUUUUGUGAAUGCAGCAUGUUUUUUACUUGGUCUGCACAGGAAUGGGAUGCCACUUUUUCUUGGUUAGUGAUCAUGGGGCGUAACGUUCAUCAAGUUUGCUACUUUUUUUAAAAGUAUAUAUGUACCAUAUUUGCCUCCUUCCCUUAAAGUACAUCUCUUCUCAAUGAACUUGAGAACAUUUGCUUUUUUUUUUAAAUACCAGUUCUGCAGAGAGCUUGUUGGUGGUCGGCAACAAUUUACAGGUCCUUACUAGUGGGACCGUCUUAUGAAGAGAAUCUUUCAAUAAAAUGCGAGACGGUGUAACUGAACCACAGUUAUGAUAACAUUACAAGCAGUGGCAUUAGAUCAGUACCAAUGUGAUCAUGUGAUACGAGGUGAAAUUAUAAGUCAUGCAUUUUUGACGUCGUAAACAUUGACAGAGUGUUCUCAUUGCAUGAAAUCAAGCCUACUUGAACAGUUCCAACAUGUUUAAUAAAUGCUUUUUUAAAAAUAUUUUCACAACAAACAUGUUUUGGAAUGUCAGUGCAUGUCUAGAGGUCAAUUCCGAGAGUAGCGGCCAACUAAGCAAUGAAAAAUGUGUCUCUGCAUGAAGGGUGUAUGGAGACGCUUAGCAAACAGACAAGACAACAAAUGCUUCAUGUUGUGCUAUUUCCAGUACAAGAUAAAAGUUCAGCAGCAAUCUGCAAAACUUAUUAAGUAGCACAAUACAUAUACAUGUUUGUGCACAUAUAUUUUGUCUUCUUUUCCUUUAUCAUUGUGAGUUACGCAUCUGAAUUAAAAAUAAUGUUUAACUUAUUGUGUGCAUUUUUUAGCUUUGCAAGCUAAGCUAGAAUUGGCACUCAUGCUGUUGUUAUUGCUUACGAACCUAGGUUUGCUAAUAAGUUACACAGGAAAUGCAAAAAUCACUGCUCAUUACCCUUGCAGCAAA